GAUGUGUUGCCCGGAAAGUCGAUAAGAACUUGGUCAAGGACUCUGGGACUCGUUUCAGGGCGAAGGUGAUGAAUUAAGCAUUCCUUCUUGGUGGCCCAUCCUCGUCACCCAACGAUCUACCCUUCCACCAGGUAACUCCAGCGCUAGAAAUAGGGAACCCCCAGAGCUGAACGAGCAUCUAGCACUGUGUUCUUCUUCUCCACAUCCUGCGCCAUUCAGCUUCCAUCUCUCUUUUCUUUCAGCAUUGAUGAAAACGUUCCUGCUACUGAAAUUGCCCAGAUGAAGCCUUCUCGCGUCUCAGCUUGAUAUCAUGAAAGGACUCGUCGUUUCUUCUACUGCCGAAGCCCGGCAACGCUCGACGACCAUGGAUGAUGAUGAUGCAGGCAGAAGAAAGCCGACCAAGUCGAAAAGUCUCAAGUUUGCAGACAAGUGCAAGAUCCUAAGCCACGACAAGUGCUGCAAGUUCGAGACUUUGAAAACGGCCGUGUUCAUCCUCACUUGUUGCACGGCUUUGACUCUUGUUUUCUCCCCGACGAUACGCAAAGCCCAACAGCCGCGUCCCGGUUCCAGAUCGCGGUUUGUGGACGCCGCAGAGAUGUGGCAAGCGACAGCAGCUGACCCUCGGUACAUAUCACACUUGGAGAUCGAAUGGAAUCAUUUAUCAGCCGUGCUGCAAGAUCUUAAACCACGAGAUGGAAAUCUCAGAGUUGGAUUGCUCAAUUUCAACGUUACAGAAGCUAGAAUUUGGCAGCACGAGCAGCCUAAAACAGAGGUUUCGUUACUGCACCUGGACUACGCGGAUACGAGCAUCACGUGGAAUGUUCUGUAUCCAGAAUGGAUCGACGAGGAAGAGGAAGACGAAGCGCCUGCUUGCCCGUCUCUCCCCCUGCCCCAAGCGAAGGAGGGGUCGAGUGUCAAUCUGGUGGCCGUCAAGCUGCCCUGCGAUCGGUCGCGGAGGUGGAACAGAGACGUGGCGAGGCUGCACCUGCAACUCUCGGCGGCGAAGCUGGCCGCCGGGAAGUCUCCUGUGCGCGUCCUUAUUCUCACCGAGUGCCGUCCGAUUCCCAAUCUCUUCUCCUGCAAGGAUCUCGUCCGGCGCGAGGGAAAUCUCUGGCUGUACGAGCCUGAGGCCGCAACGCUGGAGGGGAAGCUUCGGCUUCCGAUCGGGUCGUGCCAGCUCGCCGUCCCGUUCGAGGCAAAAACGCGGGUGUACACGGAGGUGGGAUGGCGGCGGGAGGCGUACGCCACCAUCCUCCACUCCGCGGACCAGUACGUUUGCGGAGCCAUCGCGGCGGCUAAAAGCAUCCGCUUGUCGGGAUCCGCUAGGGACCUCGUCAUCCUGGUCGACGAGACCAUAAGCCGGCGCGACCGGGCCGGGCUGGAAUCCGCCGGGUGGAAGGUCCGGACCAUCGAGAGGAUCCGCAACCCGAAGGCGAAGCGCGACGCGUACAACGAGUGGAACUACAGCAAGUUCCGGCUGUGGCAGCUGACGGAGUACGACAAGGUGGUCUUCCUGGACGCCGACCUCCUCGUCCUCCGCAACAUCGACUUCCUCUUCGCGCUGCCGGAGGUGAGCGCGAUCGGGAACAACGCCACCCUGUUCAACUCCGGGGUGAUGGUGGUGGAGCCGUCGGAGUGCACGUUCCAGUGGCUGAUGGACAACAUAGAGGUGAUCACGUCGUACAACGGCGGCGACCAGGGGUACCUGAACGAGGUCUUCACGUGGUGGCACCGGGUGCCGAGGCACACCAACUACCUGAAGCACUUUUGGGAGGGCGACACGGAGCAGAGGAAGGCGAGGAAGGAGAGGUUUUUCGCCGCCGACCCGCCGCUGGCGUACGUGGUGCACUACCUGGGGCUGAAGCCCUGGCUCUGCUUCAGGGAUUACGACUGCAACUGGGACAUGCGGAUGUUCUGGGGGUUCGCCAGCGACGGCGCGCACGCCACGUGGUGGAGAGUGCACGACGCGCUGCCCGAGGAACUGCAGAGGUUUUGCAUGCUACAGACGAGGAGCAAGGCCUUCCUGGAAUACAACCGGCGGCAGGCGGAGAAGGAAGAGUACCCGGACGGGCACUGGAGGAGGAACAUUACGGAUCCCAGAUUGCAUAUCUGCACGGAGGAAUUCUGCAACUGGCGGAGCAUGCUGACUCGUUGGGGAGACACCGACGCGUAUCCUCGAUCAUCCAAACCCAGCUUGUGAUCAGAAAUUGGAUUUGUUUCUUGAUGUGUCAGAAGGAGAAAUCGAUAGGCAUUGAAGAUCUCAUCGUCAAUUCUUUCUAUAUCUACGGAUUAAUUCUUCAUAAGCAUUUCGUUCUUCAUUUCACUUUGUAAACUUCAGAUAUCUCCUGUUGAAAUCAGAGAAAUUAUUAGCUAAGGCAGAUGUCAUGUAUUACCAAUCUGAACUCGGUUCACAACAGUAAUAAUUAAACUAUACACUAGAAAAUCUUAUGGAU